UAUAUAAUUUUAAAAAUUUAUAUUGUAAUUAAUAUUAAUAUCGUUAAUGAUAUCAAUCGUUAUUCCUUGAUUAAAAUAUAUAGUAGACAACCACACGGAGAAGAAACAUUGAGAUUGUCUCUUCCGGCACCAGAAUUAGAGCUUGGAACACCACCUAGACUUUGUUAUCCUCUAGUAAUCUUUCUAACUCGUAGGGAUACAGGAGAUCCUCAUCCAGACGAGACGGUGGCUCUAGUAAAUGUUGUCCAUAUCAAAGAUAGCGUAUGCACACUACCCACUUCGAUUCUGGCGCAAUAUCUCAAGCAAGCUAACGGACAAUUAUCUUGUCUUAAACAAUUAUAUUUAGCCACCGGCAAUUCAACGAAUUAUGACGAAGGAGAUAUGUCUUCGGGUCUAGGUUCAGCUCUGGCCCUUGCAGAGCCUUGUAACAACAACGGUAGUACAACUAGGGGCGCAUUGGUUGCCUCCGGUACUGGCGAUCCCGAGGGAUCGCUAUGGAACACAGCUGGAGAACAACUUUGCGUUGUUUGCCAAUACUUUCCUCUGUCACGUGCUCUAUUGCCUUGCAGGCAUACCUGCAUCUGUGCAUCCUGUUUUGGCAAACUAGAUCGAUGUCCAAUGUGUAGAAGUCCAAUAAAAAGUUAUUUUUGUAUCAGGGGCGAGGAAUAUAUGCCCUUGGAGACAGAAAUUAAUCCUUGCAAACAGAGACAACCAAAUCAUGGACCCACUCAUUGGCUUCACGAUUGGAACGAUAGACUCACAGAUUUUCUUGGAUUUGCACGAUAGAAUAGUUGGUAUUUUCUCGUUUCAUUUAGAAUGUACAACGUAUAUAGAAAAUACGACGGAACAAACAAUAGUAAUUGUUUGAAAUUGAUUGAAAGAAUUAUGGAUUUUGAAAAAUACUUUUGUAAAGAUUUUUCUUUCUUUAAUUCUUGCAAAUUUAAUUUAUAUAAUAAUAAAAAAAAGAUAAUUGCAUAAGAUUAAUUCUCAGAAAGAAAUACACAAAAAAAGAGGCAAGAUAUUAAUUUAUAUGGAGUAAACUAGGAAGAUUUUUUUACAGAAUGAUAUAAAAGUUUUUUUUUUCUUUUAAUUAAAACGCUAGUUGUGCAGAGUGAAUCAAAAUUGUAAUCAUUUGAUUUUUUGAAUUUAUUAUUUAUAUAAUUUUCAAAAAAUCAUUAUAUCUAUCGUUUAUUUUUACAACUUUUUGAUAUCUUUCAACUCUAUCCUAGAGAUCAAGUUUUUUUAUCAAGCGUUUAAAUAAUCUUUCACAAUUGAGGAAUUUAAAAAAAAAAAUAGAAAAAUUAUAAGCGUCCAAAUAAAAAAAAAAAAUGAAAAAUAUUUGAUAAAGAAAAAGAGACAUGAAGGAAAGUUUCAGAUUUUUAUCACAUAACGUUGUAUAAAUACUUAAGCUGUAAAUACAAAAUACAAAUAAGACAUAUUCAUUUUCGAGAUAUAACUAAUAAUUAAGUUAUUGAUAUUAUUUCAUAUGAUAUACAGGUUUAUUCAGUAGUUAUAGAAACAUUAGUUCCAAUAUGCAUGCCUUUAAAGUAUUCUUUUUCCAUCUUUUUUUGUAUCUUAUGAAUUAAAAAAAUUUUUUUUUCAUAAUGUUCUGCUGUUCAUGUGCAACGAUAAAGCUAACUUUCCUGAGACUUUUUUCAGAACAACAUCACACAGAAAAAUAAUGUUGUUAAAUUAAUUUAAGAAGGAUCUUACAUUAAUGUUUAAACUAUAAAUACACAGACUGUGAUAAUUCUAAUAUCUAUUAUUAUAAACCAGAUAUGUAAAAGAGUCCUGAAUGGAGGACAUCAUAUAAAAGAAGGAAUUGGAGUGGUACAAAAAAGAACAUGAAAUCAUUUUCAGAUUUCAUAUUUGAUAUAUAUAUUGUAUGUCACCAAUUUUUUUUAUAUCUUUUAGGCACUUGCAUAAAGAUUGAUGAUACUCUCUUAUUUAGGAUUUAUAAUAUAAUUAGAAUUUCAUAUUUUUCACAUAAAAUUUGUUUUAUUUCGUUUUUUGACAACAAAAUUAGCAAAAUGAUAUUUUAAGAAAUUACUUACUUGUGAUAAAUACAUAAAAUAUAUAUUUGCAAAUCUCAAUAUGCAAAAGAAUGGGAGUAUUUGGAACUAUAUAUGUUAAUUCAAAGAGUAAAGGCCUCUAAAGUCAAUGUAUUGUAGUCGAAGAUUUUCAUAGAAUAAUUUAUAUUUUAUUUAGUGCGUAUAGCGUUUUGAUGAUGCGGCAAUGUCUGUAUGUGAGAAUCUGUAUAUAAUUUAUUUAAUAAAGCGUAUUCAUGCUGUCA